AUAAGGUUCAUCCCUAUAAAUACACAGAAACAGAUUCUCUUCAGUUUGUGUGCAGAGAAACACUUGAUUUGGUUUUGUAACUUCACUUAACACCUAUCCCUUUGAAACCCUAAUUCCCAAAUCUUCUUCGCACCAUGGACUUCUCGAAGAAGCGCAAGACCGAAGAGAACGGCGAUGCUGAUUCUCUGUCGUCACCACCCUCCCAAGCAUUCCCCACCGCCACCGUCACCCCAGCCGCCCCCCUGGCCGCGGAAGACAUCCGCAAGAUCUUGCGUCCGUUUUCCCAGGAACAGCUCCUCGACCUUCUCCAAUCAGCAUCGCUACGCCACUCCGAUGUCCUCGACGCCGUGCGCGCCGUCGCGGACCGCGACUCCACUCUCCGUAAGCUGUUCGUACGUGGACUUGCCGGCGAAACCACCAGCGAGACCCUGCGCAGCGUGUUCUCCGCGUUCGGCGAACUCGACGAGGCCAUCGUGAUCUUCGACAAGGCCACGGGACGGUCCAAGGGCUAUGGCUUCGUGGUGUUUCGCCACGUGGAUGGCGCCAUCCUCGCGCUGAAGGACCCCAGCAAGAAAAUCGACGGACGCAUGACGGUAACGCAACUAGCCGCUGCUGGUGGACCUGGGGGCUCAGGCGACGUAUCAGCAAGGAAGGUUUUCGUGGGGAACGUGCCGUUCGAGAUCUCCUCGGAUAAACUACUGAGCGAAUUCCUUAAGUUCGGAGAGGUCGAGGAAGGGCCUCUAGGGUUUGACAAAUCGAGCGGAAAAUCGAGGGGUUUCGCUUUUUUCGUUUAUAAAACGGAGGAAGGCGCGAGGGCUUCGUUGGCGGAACCGGUUAAGACCAUUGAUGGGCACCAAGUGAUUUGCAAAUUGGCUGUGGAUAGCAAAAAGACGAAACCGUUUGGAGGGGAUCAACAUCAGCAUCAACACACGCAGCAUCAGCAGCAACAACAACAGCAUCCGCAGCAACAGAUGCAACAACAAGGUCCUAUGAUGGUACCUCAGUAUGGUGGAUAUGGUGGGAAUGGCUAUGGAAUACAGCACCCGGUGCCACCAUAUAACAAUCCGGUUCAGGUUUCUGGUGGUGGUGGGUAUGGCCAUGGGAUUGGUGGUGGAUAUGGUAAUUCGCAGAUGGGUGGGCCGGUUUCCGGGGAUUACGGAGCUAGACUGCCUCCCAAUUCUGGUGGGGGGUUCCCUGAAGGCUCCCAGUAUGGCUACCCUGCUUCUUCCACGCUUCCACCACAGCAGCAAGUGCCAAUGCCGAGACCUCCUCCUGGAGGAAUGUACCAAGGCGUACCACCCUAUUAUUGAGGUGUUUCAUUCAGGUUUGUGAUGGCUUCUUGGACGCCAAUGCUUUAAAUGGUUGUGCUGCUUUCGUGCAUGCAGACAAUGAAAUCUUUGGUUUUGGUUACAUGGACCUGUAAUUUGUUGCUGCUUCACUACCUCUGCAUCUAUGUGUUAUGGUUCCAUUUAUGAUGGGUGUUAGUUGAAGCUUACAUGACUUGGCGUAGUACUUAUGUGGAAAUUUUGUAGAUUUUUUUAUUUAUAGUUUUUGCCUAGAUUGUUUUCUAAGUUAUUGACUAAAUGCCAAGGUGGUUACAUUAAAUUUUGAAAUUGUUCUUUAUUGUGGUCUAUAUUCCCUGCAUAUAUUACUCUGGUUGUCAUGGUGACUUUAAUUUUUUUUCUUUUAAUUUCCGAUAACUUCAAGUAUUUGCCUUGUAUGGUGGCAUUCGUGAUACUUUUGGAUAAUGUUUGAAAUAUCCUUCCGUCAUGGUUUUGUACUAAAUUCAGCAUCAAAGUUUAAUGAGUAAAUUAGUUGCCUCAACUCUUUUAGAGGCUUAUUUGAAUUGUCUUUUUGAGAUGCACAGUUGGUUUGCCCUGAAAUGGAUGUUUGUGAACACCUUUAAAAAUUGCACGGUGACAUAUUUGAGUAUCUUUUGAAAUAUCCUUUCUCUUGUUUUUGUACUAAAUUCAGAUUCAAUUCUUAAUGACCUAAACAUUUUUCGCAAGCCUUCAUUCAAACUGUGUUAAAGAUGAGAUCUGCUAUCGAUUUUACCUAAACUUGUAAAUUGAAAAAUGCCAACUGUGAGAUUGACCACCUUGUUUGUUGUGAAAUCAGAGCUUAAACUUGAUGUGGCAAUUGCAAUGCCGUGCUUUUUCAUGUAUAAAAGGUAAAAGCCUUUAAUUCUGAUGUUAAAUUUAUGAUGAUCACUUUUAAGCUCCAUUCCACCCACCCAACCUGCUCUGAAAUAAAUAUUAAAGGUACAAAAGUGAAAGAAUUUAACAAUAAGUUUUCUUGAGUAAACCACUAAUUUGAUUCUUGAAAUAUUACCUUCCUGAGUGGUUUUUAAAGUAAAACAAACUACUUAAGUAAUCCUAGAAGUAUUUUAAAUCAAUCAAAUUAGUCCCUUUAAGAUGUAUACUUUAGGGAUGGCUUGAAGUUUUAUUACUUUCGGAAUUAUUUGAGAGAGUUUGAGGAUUAAUUGGUGAUUUACUUGUAUUUUAUUUAUUUGUAUCUAUUACGGCAGGUAUGCAGCUUUAUUAUAAUGUUGGCUUAGGUCUUAACUGAACCUCACAAUCAAUUUGUAGGGCAAACAUUGUCCUGGCUUUGAACUCAAUUUCAGUCUUAUCUUUAUCUAAUUUGAGCCUAAAAAUAUCACCCUUGGGACUACAACUUCGGCAAUCCUUAAAGAGGUUGCAACUUAGGAGAACUAAGGUAGCUUUCUGGCACAUCCCCUCUCAUCCAAGGCUAUUAGCUUGGAGUGAGGCAAUCAUUUCGCCCAACUAUGGAUAUAGAACAGACUUCUAUACCUUCUUAAGGUUUUAGGUUGGAGCCUAAUCAUCCCUCAUAAAAUUUUUUUAUGAGGUGAGGAUUGACGUAGCUCUAGUAGCUAUAUGUAAUUCCUAUCUCUAGUCAAUUUGAUACUAAACACUAUCCUUGAUUAGGUAUAUUUCAUUUUUUUAUAGUGUUAAAAGUAAGGUAUGAAAUCUUAGAAUUUGGACUCAGGACCUAAUUUGAUCUCACAACCUCGUUUAACUAGCUUGAAAGGUGAGAAUUGUCCAAACUCUAUUCAAGCCGUAUCUCUUGAUUUGACACUAAACACCACCUUUGAGGCUGCUGUCAUGGAGGAGCUUCAACUAAGAUGGGUUCUUGGUGACUGCAGUUUAGAUAGAUGGCUUUAUAGUAGAAGAUGAAGAGCAUUACAGAGUAAUUGUGUUGGUUGUUUGCCUGAUUUUUCAUUUUGCUGAUGUUGAAUAGUGAAGCUUCAAUUAGGACCUUGUUACUACUCUUUCUUAAGUCAGUUUACAUGUUACUGCUGCUAUUUUAUUACUUACUUUCUUUGCUAAAUCAGUCUACUUGUUAAUGCAAUUUUGUUAGUUAAAAUGUUUUGUCUCGUCUUGCAAGUGUUUCUUAUGGGAAUAAUAAGCAACUUGCUUUGCUACAGUUUGGUGUUUGUUUUAUUCAUUUUGAUCCGUCAUGAUCAUGCUUUUGGGCCAAAUAAAUUGUUGUAUGUUUGUUUCUAUGGGAAUGUUUCUACGAUGUUUUCCAAUUUUGAUGGCUUGUGUAUCAAAACUUGUGAAUGUCCAUAUGUGCUGCUCUUUCUAAUGAUUUUCGAGGUGAUUCUCCUGGUCGUUUUCGAUUUGAAGUAGUUCGGCCAACACCGCCUUGCUGUAAUCCUUCUGAGGUUAGGACUUUUAAAUUCCAUUUUGGUUUCCAAAUGUUCAUUGAAGGAGCCUAGCUAUAUUCCCAAGGAUUUUAAUGACUAUACAACACUGUUGACCAAUCAAAAAUCACUAUUGGUAUAACUACUAGCAUAGUUACUAUAAAACCUAUCAUACUUGGUGGUCUGUGAUUGGAAAACAGUGUAAAACUGCUUUACAUUGUCAGUGUAUAAGUCCCUUUUGCUUAUUUAAUCACAGCUGAAAGUGACAAUUACUUUGUAAUAAUUUUGUAGUGAAGCAUUCGUCUUAUCGUAAGUGUAUGGGACAUGGUUUGAUUUAAUACAGUGCUUUUGAUUUAUUUUUCGAGGUUA